GUAAAGAAGAAGAGUACGGAAACAACCGUUUUCAAUUUUUUUCAUAGAAUUUUUUUCCUAUUAUGUCGACUUUAAAUUUGGCUCGAUCAUGUUUUUGUCUUGCCGAAUCCUGGAUUCCUCAAAUAACUUCAAAACGAUUUCGUUAUCACUCGGAAAAAAUAGCAAAGGGCCCUUUAAUUCAGCGCUAUGGAUAUGAAGAUCCAAUAUUCCAGAAGGGUCUUUUGCCCAGAGUUAAAGAUGCCAAACCGCUUCCUAUGCCAAAAUAUGCACCUAAACACGCAUGGACAGAAAAAAGAGCACUUUUUGGCCAGAACGAUUACAUCGAUAUAUUGGGUAACGAAAAUUUGCACCCAACUAGAGUUUUGUACAAUAUACCAGCUUGGUUGCGUGGAGUUGGAGGGAAUGAAUACCAGGUCAUGUUAAGAAAAAGAAGAAUGCUUGGGCAGACUGCAUACCCAAUUGCUCGCCCCACCAAAUGGCAUCAGCUGGAGAAAAGGAUACAUUAUCUAUAUUGGUACAUGAACAGAAAAACACGAACAGGGUUUUCUUAUCAAUAAACAAGCUUUGUGGUUCAAUCUUGUAGUUGCAGUAAUAUUGUGGUAAAUAAAUGAAUGCGACAGUUAAAAUCAAGCACACAGUAAAAACAGUAGUUUUAUUAGAAAUCCGAUGUAAAUAAUUUAUUUUUUAUACAAUAAAUAUA